AUGCUUUCCUCCUCCCAAAACCAUCUUUUCUCUCUCUUUCUCUCUCCUUCGAGUCGUAGGGAGCAACAUGUCUUGAAUCACUUCAUCUCGGCAGUGGCAUUUUUGGCAACUACCGAUGUAAAUCCCGACAAAUCCGGUGGGUACACGUCCUUGCUUGAGCUUCCAUCUACUCAAGCAGUGGAGCUUUUCGAUUUCUCUGAUUCGUCGUCGAUGAGUUUUCAAGUACCGGGCGGUACCGGAAUCGGUUUAGAUAUCUCUACACCUCCGCUUCACUCUUACUGGACAUUGACUUUCCCUUCUAACUCAGCCCUCUUGGAGCAAGCAGCUUGCUUCUCGAGACGUGUACGAACGUGCCACUGA